UGAUUGCUCUCGAAUGUGACUCAAAAAGACUCACUCUUUAACCAACCUGCCUUCCCAUUCUUGGUGAUAAAUACCAAGAUUGGAUUUUGUAUCUACAGUCACCUAGACUCAGCACACAAUGCCUGCCAUCCAAAAAAUCAUUCCCUCUCGGGGCAAAGAAUUCUGGGACGCGCUUGAUCUUGAUAACAGCAAACAAGUGCUAGAAGCCGUCAAAGAAGAGUUCAAGAGACCAGAGCCGGCGCACGAGCUUCACUACCUUAAUACCAUGUCGAGAGGCCUCCCAAUUGGUGACAACAAGCCGUGUUACCGCGAUUGCUUGAUAUUUCUCCUCCGCGGUGAAUUUAUCAUCAAAGGACAGGGACGAGUGGUAGAGACUGGCUGCGCGUAUCGCGUCAAGGACGAGGCAUGGCUUUGGCUAUGUGGGACGACGACCAUAGUUGUUAUGGAAGAAGGGGAACAGAGAGGCGCGUGCCUGAAAUCGACACAAGAAUCACGGGAACUAGUCCUGGCUGAGAGGGAUGGAUCCAGAAAGGCGAGGAAGAGAGCUAAGAAAUUGCUAGCCGAUCAGUUACGGGCAGUACGAUCUUCUGCACAGCUUCACCAACCGUGGUAGUGGUCUCGCUAGGUAUUGCCUCGGACCGCUUGUCUUUUCAUAAUGAAUUUGU